AUGUCGACGGCACCAUCCCUCCCGUCAAACCCACCGAACGUGAUGGUGGUGGUAUCUCCGAACAGAGGCCACGAAGACCGCGUCGCAGAACUGAUCGCCGAGGUAUCCGAGAAUGUCAAGGCUCAUGAACCGUGGAUCACGUAUUAUCGGUGGUACGGCGGGCGGGGAGUCGGAGCCAGCGACUCCUCAUCGGAUGAUGAUGAAUCAGGUGCUGUUACGGAGUAUUACAUUGUAUUUCGAAUCGAAGACAGCUCCAAACUCUCCACGCGCCGUGAAUUGCCGCAUCACCAAGAAAUUGCCAGACUGAUUCGCGACGAGGGCUUGUUGAGAGAACCGUUGAAGUAUGUCACGCUGGAGGACCGCGAGGUCUGGAGUCGAUGA